AGGAGAGUAUACAGAACUGUUUCUUGGAGCACCAGACUUUCAAGAAAGAAGGGCAUGACCCCGGGUUCUACUGAGACCAUAAGCGGCGUGCAACCACUCACCCCAGCCUGAGAAGAGAAUUAAAAACUGAAGCGGGUCAUGUCCUGGCACAAGGUCAGUUCGUUCCUGAGCAGUUUGUCUCGCAGGAAGCCUGUAGAGCCAGAAGGCGAGGUGUCGACGUUUCGGCGUUGUCUCGGCACCGUAGACCUGGUGGCUCUCGGUGUGGGGAGCACACUGGGCGCCGGCGUCUACGUGCUCUCGGGUGAGGUGGCCAGAUCGCUGUCUGGUCCCAGCAUCAUCAUCUCGUUCCUCAUCGCCGCUCUGGCAUCCGUCUUUGCCGGACUCUGCUACGCUGAAUUCGGCUCCCGCGUGCCCAAGACAGGAUCGGCUUACCUCUACAGCUACGUGACUGUGGGCGAGCUGUGGGCUUUCAUCACGGGGUGGAACCUGCUGCUCUCCUACGUCAUAGGCGCCUCCAGCGUGGCCCGAGCCUGGAGUGGAACAUUCGAUGAUAUGCUCGGAAAUGUCAUGUCGAAUUACUUCAGCAAACACGCGGCCAUGGGUCUCCCAGGCCUGGCUCCUUACCCAGACUUCUUUGCAGCUGGUCUUAUCAUGCUUCUUGCUGGUCUUCUGGCAUUUGGUGUAAAAGAAUCAACGACGGUCAACAAGAUCUUCACCAGCAUUAACAUACUGGUGUUGGUGUUCGUCAUCAUCACCGGCUUCAUCAAGGGGAAACUGGAGAACUGGUACAUCAGCGAGGAAACCUUACUGAACGUCACAGCAGAGCUCGAAAACGUGACGUCCACGCUGAACGUGACCUCCGAGUUUGGCCGGGGAGGGUUUUUCCCGUACGGCUUUCAGGGCACGCUGGCCGGAGCUGCGACGUGUUUCUAUGCCUUUGUAGGGUUCGACUGCAUCGCGACUACGGGUGAGGAGGUGAAGAACCCUCAGAAGUCCAUCCCACUUGGAAUCGUCUUUGCGCUGCUCAUCUGUUUCUUGGCCUACUUCGGCGUUUCAGCCGCUCUCACGCUGAUGAUGCCCUACUACCUGCUGAACGUCCACAGCCCUCUACCAGUCGCCUUCGCCUACGUGGGUUGGGCCGCCGCCAAGUACGUCGUCGCCGUGGGAUCCCUGUGUGCGCUCUCGACUAGUUUGCUGGGAGCCAUGUUCCCGAUGCCUCGAGUGAUCUUCGCCAUGGCUAGAGAUGGUCUCCUCUUUAAAAUGCUGUGUAAAGUCAGCUCGAGGAAAAGUCCCGCCUUGGCCACGUUAGCCUCCGGCUCCGUCGCAGCUAUAAUGGCGCUGUUAUUCGAUUUGAAAGCGCUAGUUGAUAUGAUGUCGAUCGGGACCCUGUUCGCCUACACGCUUGUGGCCAUUUGCAUACUCAUACUGAGGUACCGUGAGAGUGAAUCUGCAGAAAAUGAAAUAAGCUUCACUCCAAAGUCUAAGUUUGGAUUUUUAACACCUCCAUCGUACCCGACCAAGGAAACGUCAAACACCGUCAACAUCAGCACCAUGUUUAUCGUCGUCAUGGUGGUGCUCCUGACCGUCCUGCUGUCCAGAGCCAUCACAUCACUGCUGCUGCUGGAUGCCUGGAGUCUGGUGUGUGUGUCUGUCAUCCUUUUCUUAAUUCUGCUCUGCACGCUGGUGAUCUGGAGGCAGCCUCAGAAUCCCACUAAAGCAGCCUUUAUGGUUCCUUUCCUGCCUUUACUUCCUGUGGUGAGUUCAUUCAUCAACACUUAUCUAAUGGUUCAGCUCGGAGGCCCCACUUGGAUCCGCUACGCCGUCUGGAUGGCUGUGGGACUUCUGAUCUACUUCGGGUAUGGUGUGAGGAACAGCGUCCAGAAACAGAGGCUGCUAGGAAACCUGAGCAACAUGGAACCUGCAGAGGAAAUCCCAGAGAAAGACGUGACCAAAGAAUAAAACUCACCGCCGUCGGAUUAUCGAAUAACACCUGUAGUGAUCAUUUAAUAUUUUAACAAGAAUAAACUUGAAAACAAGUGAAUUUGGUAACAUUAUGACAUAAUGGUGAAAUAAUUACGUGAUGCAUUAUAUAUAUAAAUGUUUUUAUUUUUAUUAUUAUAUAUUGUUACAUCAACACACACACACACACACACUGUGUUCUAACAACUGACGCUUUAUGGAUUUUAUAGACUGAUUAUUAGACUAUUAAAAAUAUAACUAUUAAGAAAAAUUCACCAUUAAAAAGUCAAUCUUUUAUCAGAGUG